UGAGGAGCAUUGUUUACAUAUCACUCCUUCCCUUGCUCGAGGAUAUCAAGAACCAACAGUAAACACAAUUACACUAUACAGUAUUUCAUGAAUGUCAGCUAUCGAAGUGUGUUUUCAAGUGGAUGUAUUAUCAAAUAGAAAAGAAAAAUGAACCAAGGCGACUGUCAGUUGGUUGUGAAGGUACAAAUGGUCCUGCAUAAACUGACUGCGUACAUAAGUCCAGAUAAGUCGGAAUCAUCUGGUUAUGAUUGAGGAUGCACGGACGUUACAGAAGCUGCAUACGUACAUCGAGGAUUACCUAAGGAAGAGUGGAAAUGGACUGGCUUGGGCACAGAGUACAGGACUAGUUGAUUUCAUCAAUAGAGCCUUCGACCCCAGAAUUGUCAAUGUGCCAGAAAAUUCCAGCAUCGUUGCUUUUGCCAUUAAAGUUUUUGGAAGCCUCUUGAGAACCAAAGAAACAUUCAGUUAUUUUUCAGAAGACAAGGUACUGAUGGAAUUUUAUGUCAUAUGGCCCAACCUGAGAAAUAAUCCAGCUUUAAAUUCUGCUGCCUUGGACCUUUUGAACAGCCUUCUUAAUCAUGAUAGUGGACUUUCUUGGAUUUUGAAGAAUGGAGUCUGGGAGAAAUUAUUACUUCCAUCUUUGCGAAGUACCAGCAUAUUUGUUCAGAGGAAAGGAGUUAAAGUUAUUACCUCAUUGAUGCUUUUAGUAUUGGAUAGUCAGCAUUUUGAACUCUUUGUCAAGGAUUUGUUAUUGGUAUCCAAUAAGUUCCUUGAAAUACGACAACAUGUAGAGUGGUCACUGAGUGAAGAAAUUCGUCAGAGCUCCCAGCAUGUAUUACUGAUUUUUAAGGAGUUAUAUAUAAAGACUUUAGGUAAGAAAGCUUUAUAUUCAAAGCUGAAAGACAUUGGUUGGAAUUUAGAACGGACAUCUUUUAGAGAGGGUAGAUACUCAGUUCCUGUGACUAUCGUAAUGCAUAUAGUGGAUAUGUUUAUACUGGAUGCCCUGCAUAAUUUUCAAGAAAAGAUAAUGGAUUAUGGCAUCAUCGAGCAAUUUUUGGUGGAUACCCUUUGUGCUGAUGUAAUUGACUUCAUCAAAGUACUCUUUGAUAAGGGUCAUGUAGAGGCCUUCUUUAGGUCUGCAGUAAAUGUACAUAAGUAUUGGAAAAUUUUGGUCAUGAACAUUGACACAAACAAACAAAUGGCUUUAAAAGAACAAGAAUCUUUGCUACAUUUGGUGACUUGUUACCAGGUUAUACCAGUCUCUGUCUUGUGUAAAGAUUAUAUAAGUAAUUAUCCACAAAAGAAAGGUUUGUUUGCAACAUGGACAGAGGAAAUACACUGUAGAAUCAUUAUCAAAGAAUGUUUACGGGCUGAAGCUACUAAACUUGAAAAUCAAAUAAUAUCAGCGUUAACAGAUUCUGAUGUAGCAGUUAGAAUGGCUGUAAUCAGUACAUCCUCCUCCUCUAGUGCUGCAGAUCAUCUAGCCAUGAUGUGUGCGGUGACAAUAUUUCAAGGUUUGGGAUUUUUGGCAUUUAUAAUAGCUGAGAAUGACUCAACAGGGCUGAGACGAGAAAGGGAACUGCUUAGGACUAGCAUAGACACAAUGAGAGUACUUGCAGAAAAGUUUGAGAUUGACUGGAGGAAGUGCUUCAUAUCUAUUUGUCUUUUAUAUGUGUUAUGUAAAACCUUGAAGGUUACAAAUAUCUCCACACAGGUGAAGGUGAUCACCCUAAAAGCCAUGAAGUCAUGCAUUGUAGGUUUUAUCCCUCCAUCUAUGGCUAUGCUCAUGAACAGUGAGAAGCAAGAAUCAAAUAGUGUGGAGCAUAUGGGUAGUGUGUUGAGUGACUGCUUAGCUGAUACAGAAUGGGAGGUGAGAGAUUCAGCCUUGGAAGUUCUCAAUACUUGCAUGACUCUUGCCAAAGACAGAUAUCCGUUUUUUGCUGAGUGGCUCAUUCGUUACAAUUUGGACACAGUAGUGCUUGCUGCUCUGGAAGACAUUGAAGGAUAUGUUCGAGCAAGUGCUUUUGGUGUCCUAGCAUGUGUUGUAUCUAAUGAAAAGAUCUGGUUGAAAUUCAGUGAGGAAAACUUACAGCAUAGGACUUUAGCAGCCAUAUUGUGGGAGGGGGAUGCUCCAGUGAGAAGGUCUGCUAUGUGUAUGGUCAGAGAGCUUCAUGCAGCCAGCAAGUUUAGUGAGGAGGAUUUAAACAACAUUGUCAUCAACAUCAUGCAGAGGUCAACAGAAGAUGAUGAUGAUGAAAUUCGGUUGAAUGCCCUCGAGUUUAUUCACAGUCACAUCAAUGAAAGCCUUCAGAAAUCAGGUAUGGUUGAUGGAGAAUUCCCAGCUGUGACAUUUAAGGGGGGAAAGAUAACCAAACUUGACAAACAUGAAGUGCAAAAACAAAUUUUGAAGAUCAUAACUUGGGUAUGUGAUUGUGGUUACUUGAAUUGUCUUCUCUUAUGUGCAAAUGACCCAGUCACUGCAGUAGCAACAAAAUCUAGAGAAAUCCUUGUCUUCCUAAAUAACCUUCUUAAUAAAUACGAAAUGAAAACCGGAGCGCAUCUAGUAAAGAGAAGGAACUUUGAAGACAUUGAUAUACAAUUCAAAUCAGUCAUAGUACGAAAGGAAAAUGUCGUUGGAGUAGCUGGUCAGGAUGUAAUGAUAACUAAUGAUGUUCAUGAACUGGAGGUAAUUGAUAAGACUAUCAGUGAUAUACUACAUUCUUCUACACUGGAUAAUGUAUCUAGCAUAAGGAGACCAUUGAAUGAUGCUCAAGACAACUCAAGGGCAGACCAUAAAUACAUUGUUAUCACUCCUGAGGAUGUGCCAUUACGUAAAGCUGCAAUUCCAGUUGAAUAUUUAUUGCAGAGUUUGGAUAAUAUUUGCCGUCAGGAUAUAGCACAAGACAGUAUGACAACAGUUAACAUGCUAUCACUCCUAGAUGACAUUCUGUUAGAGGGAUGCAAGGUGGAAUCACAAGAUUCAGAUGACCAGCACCUUCGGGACUGUUAUUAAGUGCUGUGCUGCGAUUUUUAAUAGGCUGUGAAUUUUCAGAUAACCUUACUUAGUUUAGUAGAAAGAUAAAAUGUAAUUUUUCUUCAAGUAUCAAUAUUUAUAGGUAUUUUGCAUGUAUGGAAAAGUCUUACCUACCAUAGCCUGAAAGUGUGGGAUCAUAUUUUCACAAAAUUGUCAGUUCUACAAGUCCACAAAAUAACAUAAAUAUUAUAGUUUUUUUUAUUAUUUUGAAACUAAGUAAGUAAAAUAUAACAUUUCUGUAGCCUCAAUAUAUAAGAUAUACUGGUGUCUUAAGAUAUUUAGAAAUAUUUCUAAAAAAAAAUGCAAUAAGGAAAUGCCUUACUUCUUUGUAUUCUGAGACUUCCCUGAAUUGAAUAGCAAAUAUUUCUAUUGUUCAUCGUGAGAUAGUAUUUCUAUUUUUGUACUUAUUUUAAUGUGUUUCAUAUUGACAUAUUCUAUAUGUACACCAAGAAACAAGACAGGAACCUUAGACAGGAACUUCUACUGGUCCUGGAGAGCAAUUUGGGACCAACCCAGUGUCAAAGAACAUGCGUAAUGAACUUUCGUGUUGAGAGAGAGGGGUAAAAACUCUAAUUGAGCUAGAAGAAUCAUCUGUAAACUUGAAAAACCCAUCUUGUGAUGCUCCUCUUCAUCUACACAACAUCUGAAAGACUAAAACAUAAUAAUAUUCCAAGAAAUGUGUAGUCUAAAAUAAAAGACAUUAAGUGUUCAAGAAAACAAAAUGCACAAAACAAUUUAAAAUUAUAUAUAUUAUACAUAAGUGAAUACAGUGGAACCCUACUAGAUCGAGGUUCAGUACUUAUCCCCAAAAAUAUUGUGGAGAAAUUCACUAAUUCGCAGAUUUUUUCAUAGAACAGUAUUCAUUUAUUACUGUAUUUUCAUUUUAUUUUCUUGACUAAAUACAUUUUUUAUGAGAAAAGAAUGAAUUUACUCAUUUUCAAACAUAUUAAUGGAAACUAUCAAAUGUCUAAGUACAAUCCCUUGAUAUUGAUUUAUCAUCAUUGUAAUGUGUACAACUGUAUAAAAAAAAUGAUGUCCAAGCCAUUGGCAAUUAAACCUGUAGCUCAA